CACUGACCUGUCAACCAUGUCAACGAAAUGAACAAAAUUUUAACAAAAGUGGCGAUUGAUGUGUGCUUGUACUUGUGUCCGAAAUAAUUGAAGCAGAACAAAAUUGAGGAGAGAGUAUCGUCAUCUACAUUAUAGGGACGUUUGCUUAUUCUAUUGCAGUCAGCUACACGCUUCUGAUCACUGCUCAGAACCUCUCGCCUAACCAGCAGGCUGUUCAUCGGUGAUGGAGUACUAACGGGCUAAGUAGUUGUUCGUCAGGAGCAGUUGUUACAAGUACUUCGGCCGGCGACUUUUCAACUCAGUCAUUCCGGUCCCUAACCUUUGUGGGUAGCUGUCCGCGCCACACAGGUGCGCUUCUCAGUCCGUCCGGUGCCGCAAUGUACGGCAGCAACGAGCAGAGUGCACUGGUGUCGAGUAGCGAGGUGGAGAAGCAACCACUCUACUACGAUGCUACCGACACCCCGACUGUGCGGAAACUGACUGUUCUUCUGGCCGUGUUUGUUGGACUCAUGUCAGUGGUUGCAUUUGGACUUAGCGUGGUGCAAACCAUCACAAAACACAAUCCUUUCUUUGUCCUCCCUGGUGUUGGUUUACUUGCCUUUGCCCAGCUUCACUACUUUGUGUUGUACUGGUUGCGCAAGAAUAUCAUCUCCAAGGAGUCACAGUGGUAUCUAUAUGCAACCGGAGCAUCUGUGAUUGUGGAGGCCGUCAUCACAAUCGUACUGGUCUUUGUCGUGGAGCAUUAGUGUUUAGGCUGAUCGAUGCCAGACAAAGCUCACCUGCGGGCUUAGCACACCCGAGUGUUACUUGGAGCGUCACUGCUAUGUACAGACACAACAGUCACACAGCCCUGAAUCAAGCCGCUUGAUCUAUCAAAUGACUUAGUAUUCACAGGGUUCUUUAUCAGAAUCAGCUCAUUACUUUGCACGCUUUUUUAUGCAAUGAAUAUUACCAUGCUCCUUCUGCUACAAGAAUGGCCGCUCGUAAUGCAAUGUCAAUCCCCGUCAUCAUAGUGACUGCGUGAACGGAAACAUACAUGCCAGUUUUGCCAAGCACUUUGAUUUCCCUCAAUAAUCCCCUCAGCCUGAAAAAUAACAGGUCUAAUUUAUGGUAAUGCUGACUCCAUUGGAGCCUCUGGUCUUGUCUUAUCUACUUGCAGUGCGGAUACUGAAUGACGUUGUUAUAAUAAUGCAAAGCCUGUGGAUCUACUUCUUUCUUGCCGGUACUCAUUACUUCUUGAAGUACAUUAUAAAAGACGUAUAUCUCGUAAAUCAAGCUAUGUGAUCUCUGUGAUUGUACAUACACCUUUACUUCAUGGGUAUACAAAUCAGCAUCCAGAUGUUUCGUUGUACUUACCAAAAUGUACCUACCAGUA